GUUUUCUUAGCCUCAACACAUCAUCAACCUUCUCAUAACUCACAUUAAGACAUAUUGAAUUGCUUUGAAGCAUUUGCAGGUUUUGUUAUUCAUCUGAACACUCCAUCAAACGGAAAACCCCUCAAUCAUCCGCCAUGACUUCUACUCUCCCCCGUCCGCCUUACGAUCCAGAGAUCGCUCCUGUGCUCGCGCAGUCAGAUCGCCCGUCUACCUUGACAAUCGAAAUGGUUCUCGCAGUGCAUGCCAAUCCGAGCCUCGUGCCAGCCAAACCUCCCAUCCAAGAGGUCAUCGGAGAUCGCCCCAUCAUCCAUGCCGAGCGCCGCGCCCCAGGCUUCGAUGCCAGUGAUCCGGAGAUUACGCUGUCAAUCUUCACCCCAGACUCAAAGGCUGGCCGCCCUAGACCAUGCAUCUACUUCGUCCAUGGCGGUGGGAUGGUCUUUAUGGACCGAUUUGCUGGCGUGAACAAUGCUCUUAGGUGGAUGGCCGAUACAAACGCCGUCGUGGUCAGCGUUGAGUAUCGACUUGCGCCGGAGAAUCCUCACCCAGCCCUCGUUAAUGACACUUACGCCGGGUUGCGCUGGGUGAGUGAGCAUACAACAGAGCUGGGCAUUGAUCCUGAGCGAAUCAUGAUUAUGGGACAGUCCGGAGGCGGGGGAAUUGCUGCAGGCGUUGCCCUAAUGUGCAGAGAUCUGAAUGGGCCCAAGUUAUGUGCCCAGUUCCUGAACUGUCCGAUGCUUGACGACCGGAAUAUCACCGUGUCUAGUCAGCAGUACGUGGAUGAAGGUGGAUGGAGCCGGGGGAGCAACGUCAUGGCCUGGAACGCCGUCUUGGAGGGCAAGGCUGGUACCGAGGGCGUGAGCAUAUAUGCUGCGCCAGGACGGGCGGAGGAUCUCUCUGGCCUACCCAACACCUUUAUCGAUGUCGGAUCCGCAGAGGUAUUUAGAGAUGAAUGUGUGGCCUAUGCAUCGCGGCUAUGGGCCGCCGGCGUCCAAGCCGACCUCCAUGUGUACGGAGGGGGGUUCCACGGGUUCGAUGGUAUUCCCAACGCCCGUCUGUCAAACACUGCGGUAUCGGUUCAGACACAAUGGGUGAAAAAUGUGUUGGCUUGAACGGAUGAACCUGGGAAGAAUCAGGCAGCUGCUGCGUUGUGGGAGUCACACCAUGUCACCUCCAAUAUGGAUCAAUUAGGGGCAAGCUUUCCAUCAAUUCAACCGGUUUCGUUUUCUCA